AGAGAGAAACAACCAAACCAAGUAACCAAUUUUGCGUUUUAUUUUUUAUUUUUCAGAUAUUUAAAUUCCUUUUAUUUUAUUAAAAUACUUUACCCGGAUCGGACGGUAGCCCGAGUCGCCACCGAAGCACCAUAAGGGGGAUCGAUUCAUGGAGGGAGUUGGGGCCCGGCUCGGGCGGUCAUCGACCCGUUACGGACCGGCCACGGUGUUUACUGGGCCGGUGAGGAGGUGGAAGAAGAAAUGGGUCCACGUAGCACCAUCGACUUCUAACAGUAGUGGAGCAGCGUCGACCACCACCACCACCACCUCCUCCAAUCACUCUCAGAUUCACGCCCUUAACGGCACCACUAACGGUAGUACCGGUUCUCAUCUUCUUCUUUAUAAGUGGACUCCAAUUACCCAAAGCCAAAACGCCGCCAUUAACGGUAAUACUAAUACUAACGGGGACAGGGUUUCUAGCAAAGACGAGACGGCGGCGGUACCACCGGACGAGCCUCCUAGGCGAAAAUUCAAAUAUAUUCCGAUUGCAUUGCUAGAGGAACAGAAAGAUGGCACCGCAGAAGAUGAAGCUGCAGAAAAGGUGACAGGGGAAGCUAAAGCAAUUGAGAUUGAUUCAUCCAAGGAUGGUAAUUUGGAUGAGAAACCUGACAUUAACGAUGUUCCUAUGGAAGAAAAUCAGGACGCAAAUCAGGUAGUACGCCAAGAUCUGAAUGAAAGUACUUUGGAUCUAAGCUUAGGAUUGAAUGCUCAUGACAGCGACAAUGAUCCCGAUUCAAAAUCUGAUCACAGAGAUAGCUAGUUGAAAGAGUGAAGUUUGCUGUACUGUACCUAUUGGAGAUUGAAAGCCUUGCCUCAUUUUUUUGGUCACUCAGAUGAAUUGUCCAUAAGACUUCUUCUACCUGACUUCAAAUGUUUUCAUCCCAUCCCCUUCACAACUAGUCCUUUAGCUUAUCCAUAAUCCAUGUAGUUUUCUAUUGCUGAGUCAUUGUCAUACAUUACCUAUUCUUUAGCACUGAACAAUCGAGUUUUUUUGCUUCCGGAAAUUCUAAUUGGUACUGAUGGAAGUGCUGGACUUUAUAUAAGUGUAAUGAGAUUAACUAUAUUUAUUUACCAUUGACAGAUCUUUGUUAA